AUGGUCAGCUUUGACACCUCAGAACAAGACAUCCUUAAACUGCAGCAAGUUCAGCAGAGGACCACCACUGUGACAGUGGGGCCGAAGCCCUGUGAGGAGAGACUGAGGGACUUGGGCUCAGAUCCUACAACAGACAGCUUCAGAGGACUGAACCACAGGCUGCCUGUACCUACAAGGAAGAGAAGACAGAGCCUGGCGGCGGUGGUGGGCUUUCUCAUCGUCUUCACCAUCGUGGGAAAUGUGCUGGUGGUGAUAGCUGUGCUCACCAGCCGGGCUCUGAGAGCCCCCCAGAACCUCUUCCUGGUGUCCCUGGCCAGCGCGGACAUCCUGGUGGCUACCUUGGUCAUGCCUUUCUCCCUAGCCAACGAGCUGAUGAAUUACUGGUACUUCGGCAAGGCUUGGUGUAACAUUUACCUGGCGCUGGAUGUGCUCUUCUGUACCUCGUCCAUUGUCCACCUGUGUGCCAUCAGCCUCGACAGGUACUGGUCGGUCACACAGGCGGUGGAGUACAACCUCAAACGGACACCCCGGCGGAUCAAGGCCAUCAUCCUCACGGUCUGGCUCAUUUCAGCCAUCAUCUCCUUCCCGCCAUUGAUCUCCGUGUACCGGGACCCUGAAGGAGAUGUCUUUCCCCAGUGCAAGCUCAAUGACGAGACAUGGUACAUCCUUUCUUCUUGCAUAGGCUCUUUCUUUGCCCCCUGCCUCAUCAUGGUGUUGGUCUAUAUCCGCAUCUACCGCGUGGCCAAGCUAAGGACCAGGACCCUCUCUGAGAAGCGUACGAUGCCAGAGGGGUCCUCCCAGACUGAGAAUGGCUUGAGCCGCGCUGCUGGCGGCUGCACGUCCAUGAGGAUGCAGUUGGGAGAGAAUGGACAUUAUUCGGUUCACCACUGGCGCAAAGCCUCUGAGCUGGAGGACAUUGAGCUGGAGGAGAGCAGCACCUCAGAAAGCAGGCGGAGGCGGAGCCGGGAGGAGCAUCCCCGCAAGAGCAGCAAGAGCCAGUCCUUCUCCUACUCAUACUCCUCCAAGCACUCCAGUAGCCGCCUGUCCCGCGCCAGCAAUCGCUCCAUGCAGUUCUUCUCAUAUCGCCGUCGCCGGAAGCGUAGCAGCAUCUGCCGUAAGAAAGUUGCCCAGGCCCGGGAGAAACGCUUCACUUUUGUGCUGGCUGUGGUCAUGGGGGUCUUUGUAGUUUGCUGGUUCCCUUUCUUCUUCAGCUACAGCCUCUAUGGUAUUUGCCGGGAGGCAUGCGAGGUCCCUGAAACUCUCUUCAAGUUCUUCUUCUGGAUUGGGUAUUGCAAUAGCUCCCUCAACCCAGUCAUCUACACCAUCUUCAAUCAGGACUUCCGCAGGUCCUUUAAACACAUUCUUUUUAAGAAGAAGAAGAAGAACUUCCGGCACUGAGCUGGAGGGAUGGAUUUGCCUCGAGAAGGAAUAGAGUUAAAAGAGAAGGAGAAGGCUCUAUGCUGGAGAAGAAGGGAGGGAAGAGAACAUGGGGUUUGGGCUUAGGGAAGAGGGCUGGCCCCCUUGGUGGAGCAGGGUGGUGCUGUGGGUUACAGGGGUGGUGUUGGGGAGGCUGAGGGCAUUCACUGUGGUACAGAUGGGCAACAUGGUGCUGGAGGAGCAGUGCUGGAGUUUGGAUGGGUAAAUGGGAAGGACAGUGAUUGUCUUUGAGCCCUGAUGGAGGGUGUGGGGAGCCUGCAGCAGAAAAUAGGCUAAGACACUGAGUCUGGGAGGCAGUGAGCUUUUAUGGGCUCUGGAGUUUUGUGGAAAAACAAAAACAGACUUCAAGAGGAAAGGGUUAAGUGGCAGUGAUGGUGGAGAUUUCAGUAUUUAUAAAUAGAGCAGUUGGGGCCUAUGGUGAAUUUGUCCCAGUAAGAAAUUGGCUUUUACUGCUUGUGUGGGGAAGGAAAGUGCAAAGUACCAAGCACUGACAGUGUUUUGAGUUAUGAAAGGAUUUAAAUGUUUGCCAAAAAACCCUAAAGAACAAUCCAAACUCUUUUCUAAAUAAACCUUUGUACUGUUAAAACCUUCUGAAUCAUGAUUUUGCACAAGGGAUGAAGUCAAACAGAAAGCAUGGGGUUUUCUUUUCCUUUGGAGAGGUCUUGCCUAUAGAGCUGGCUGGGAAACAUUUUUCCUCUCUUCUCGUAGUUUUUGAUUAGUCAGUGGGACAAACCUAGGAGUCUUGCAUUUUUUCAUGAAAUAUGAAAAAGAGCACAUACACCACAUGACCUCAUUUGCCCCUGAUGGAUCGCCAGGCAGUAAAUUCCUGCUCCAUCCCUCUCAGAUCAGUGUCCUAGGGACCUUGUUGUCCUGGAGCAGAUAGUGAAAAAAAAGUGAUUUUGGUGACUUUGCCUAACAUUUCCUGAGAUAAAAGGAAAAGAACAAGUUUUCACUUGCAUGUGCCCAGGGGAACUUCCCCCCGUCCUCUCGCUCUUUUUCAGUGCCCCUCAAAAGGCUAAUCUCAGGGCUGGAUUUGUGCUGCUCUCAUUCUCAGACAGGCAGUUGAAGGCAGUCUGCUAUGCAGAUUUUCAGAGGAAGAGCAAUCACCACACCACUAAGGUCUUUAAAUCCUUCGUAUUUACAGUCUUAGGACAACUGAAUCCUUUAUAUUUAUUUUUUAAUAAGAAGCAUACACUGCAGAUUGUCAGUGUCGUAUGUGAACAAAUCUCAAAAGAAGGUGCAGCUGUUCCAAACCUUUAGUAUUAGUGUUGCUUGCUUUCUCUUCUCUUGUUUGCAUUUCUAGUUUAUGAUUUCAGAGGAUUUUUUUGGGAGGAGGGAGGAAGAGGGGAGUAUAGUUUGAAUAGUUAUUAAAGAAAACCAUAUUUCCCAUGGGUUUAUAAAAUGUCAUAAACUGCAAUGAAGAGAAUGAGAGGCAGGGACUGGUGUCUGUAUGUUCAUCACUGGAUGCAUAUCAAGUGUAAGACUCAGCUGAGCAUUUACAUCCCUUCCCCAGCUGUGCUGCUGCAAGGUGUGUAUUCUGUUUAUGGGGUAAAUACUGCUCCAUUCUAUGCGUGUCACUCCUUCCAUUGGCAGCAGGAUUUGGCAUCUGCCUCAAAUGAACCUUUCCAUAGCAAGCAGCUCUUUGAAAGAAUGAAAUCUAAUCACAUACAGCAGGCUUCUUAAAACAGCUAAAUUGAAUCUAUACCUGAGAAUCAUUGGAUAUCCCUUUCCUUCCUCCCUCCGUUCUCUCUGUCUGUAGCCUCUCUUCUCUUGAAAUCUCUGUGUCAUAAGGAGAAAUGAUAGAGCAGUCACUUUGUUUCAUCAGUUUUUCAUAAUAAGCAUUUGGUUCACUUUACCCUGGAAAAGGAGAUUGUCAGUGGCUGAAGUUCUGGUGUUCAUUCGACAGACUCAUGUUCAAGUGAGAGUUCUGCUAAAGUAGGUAUUAGAUGAUUGCACCAAAUGCAUUAGAAGUUUGCUUGAUUUCACUAAAGAAACAGCUGAGACAUUUUCAAAGUCCUAAGUGCAUAACUGCCUGGAUACUUUCUUGAAAUAAUGCUCAGAGUGUGAAAAGAUUUGAGCACGGUUUAAAUAACAAAUGGUUUGGUACAAAUAUGUACCUGAGGCAGAGAAAUGAGAGGAAAAAAUAACAACAGAGAGGAGGAAAUUACAAGCCAUUUUCUCUUUUGCAAAAUGGAGAAUUCUUUUUAAAGUUACAUCAAGAAGAGCUGAAACAAGCUCCUAUUAUUUGUAGGUAACGAUGUAGCUAAAAAGUUCAGGUUUGUUUAAUCUGAAGAAACUAUAUAAUCACCAAAGCAACAUAUGGUACCUGGCUACUACCUCUGAGCUCCUGGAUGGCUUCAUUAGAGAUGCCCGUUUCUGCCAAGAUGAAGGUCUGCUUUUGUCACUUAUUGCUGGUUUAGAGGGUUUUCCCAGUCUGCAGACUCACAGUGGUUUCACUGUUGCACUGCUUUUGAAAUGAGAUUGUGGCCUGUAAACAGAGUCCUUCCUUUUUUUUUUUUUCUUCCCUUGUAGAAUUUAGGGAAUCUGGAGGUGAAAUUUAAUUGACAGUCAGAUUUUAAUUGACAUAAAGUAUAAAUGGAAUGACUGAUGUGCCUUAAAAGUAAAUUCUCUGUGAUAAAAAUAUUCUGUGGUCAUUAUAAACAUAAAGGAAAUGAUACUUCUGUUUUUGUUUUGCACUUCCAAAAGUUUAAAAGGGAUUGAUGCAGAUAAUGAAUAUCUAUGUGCAGAUGCAUAUUUAAAAAAACAGGGCAUUUUCUGUGGUUUUAAUCUAUUUCUCAACGCAAUUUCAAUCUUUCUAAUCUGAUUCAGUGCUUCAAAAGGAUCUUAUUUCUUCUGAGCUAGAUAAAAAGUAAUAUUCAUCAAUAAAGAUGUGCAGUUUACACCCCUUUUAAAUGCAUUUCCCCCUAAAUUAGUGAAUAUAGAGGAUUUCUAUAAAAAUUGUUUUUAAUAUAAUGACUGAAUAUGCUUCAAGUAAAAUGGGGCUGAUUUAUUUUUUUUAAUUACAGUGUUCUCUUAUUACUUGUAAUAGCUGAAGACUGGAAUUUGUUUGUAACAUAUUGUGUGGUGUUAACUUUUCAUAAAAAGUUGUCAGCUCUGCUACACUGUGUUUGUGCUUCAACUGUAAGUUGGCUAAUAGCAUAUAUAGGAAAAAAUAGUCUGUGCAGCUUUUGCUCAAAAAAAAAGGGAGAAGAUAUUUUAUGUUUUAAAUGCGUCAAGUUGUUUCUUUGAUCACAUCUGAUGAGCUGGCUGAAACACUCUCUACUGUUGUGGAAGAAUGAAAUGUUGCUGUGAAGCCAUAUCGAUUUUAACAAGUACCUCAUCCUUAACUCUUCAUUUGCUCAUUUCACCGUGAAGAAAAUUUUCUGUCAGUCUUAAGUGAGAAGUUAAUGUUUCAUUUUCAAAAACAAUUUUCUGAGCAGUGCCAUUGUUGGCUGGGUAUUGAAAUAUCGAACAGUGUCACUUAGCUGGGAUGGGAACUCAGUGCUGCUGUCCUUCAGCUGCCUCUGUGGGAGUUUUGCGUGAGUGAGAAACGCGGAAUUAGCCUCUUCAAGGCUUGAGGCAGAUGGAAGGGGCCUCAUAUAUAGGAGAUUUGACAGGAUCACAGUUUUAAAUCAGCGUCUGAAUUAAGAAGCAGGCCCUUGUUGUUCUGUGUGAUCUCUGUUCAUAAGAAUUAUGUUGCUGCAAGAGGACUCGAGAUUUCUG